AUGGAGUUUAUUUACACAAUCUCCGAGCCCGAACCAGAGCAACAGUCUUCCCAGAGUGGCCGCCCGCUCUCUCGCUCAUGUUAUACCUGCAAUCGCAGAAAGAUCCGAUGCGACAAGCAAGAACCAUGUACUCCUUGCUCGCAAGCCGGCAAGCCAUGCGCCUACCCACCACGGCGCAUACGGCGGGCAAAACAUACUAUUAUGGCAGACAUGGCUUCUCGUAUCUCAAGCCUAGAGAAGGCCCUCGCUAAAGCUAACAGUAAGGAUUUAUCGGCGCUGGGGAUAAGCGUUUCCAAAAACUCCAGCAGCUCGUCUUCGGCGCAACCAGUACGGCUUAGAGGCGAUGAUGUACUUGUUGAAAAGGGAUCGUCGAGCCAAUACUUCAACGAAGUUAUGCUAUCCAGAGUUAUAGAAGAGGAGCGAGAUAUAGAGUCCGUUCUAUCGACUUCACACACAGGAACACCACAUCAGCCCGCUACCUCACCAUUCAACCCUGCAGGAAUACUUUCGUCCCUGUCUCUCUUGCAGGAACCACACACUUUCCAUCCGACCCAGCCUUUGGCUGUGAGACUGUGGAACAACUACGUAGAAAAUGUGGAUGGCUGUUCUGGGUUGAUCAAACUUCUUCACCUUCCUACUGACAGAGUGAAGGUUUAUUCGGUCAUUCACGAUCCAGCAAGCGCGUCUUUUCAUGAUCUUGCUUUUUGCUUUGCCAUUUAUUUCGCAUCUGCAGUCUCUUUCGAAGACGUUGAGGCUCGGUUAUUCCUAGGGCUUCUGGCGUUGGUUAUAUAUCUGUCUGGCCUUCGCGUCCAUAACCGUGGUAAGGGAAUCUGGAUUCUAAACGGCCUCACAAUACGCAUAGCCCAAUCUCUAGGCUUACAUCGAGAUGGGCUACGACUGGGGCUUCCCCCCUUCCAGUCUGAAAUGCGCCGUCGACUAUGGUGGCACCUACUUAGCCGCGAUAGCCGCUCGGGAGAAGACUAUGGCCUCGAGAACACCAGUGGGCAGUUGUUGGGUUCUAAUGUAAGCUUGCCGCUCAAUGUUGACGAUGUGGAUCUCUCUCCAGAUAUGAAGGAGCUUCCCAAGCCUAAAAAUAGUUGGACAGCCAUGACUUUCUCCCUCAUCAACAUCGAACUUGCAAAGUCCAUCCACAAGCUAGCCGAUAUCGCCGCAACUUCGUCUCUUUCUUCCCCUCCCACCGAGGACAUAAGGAUAAAAGUCAUCGACGAUUUGAGUGCAUCCAUUGAGGGGUAUUUGCAGAACUGCAAUCCAGUGAUACCGCAACACCGCAUGACGCUGCUCUGUUCUCGAUUCCUCGUCCGAAAACUCAACUUUACUACAAGACUGCAAUGGUCAUUUCUACGGCGUACUAUGAAGAGUGACGAAUUUGCAACAGAAGAGAAUCUUGUGGAGGCAUUGGAACUCUUAGAACCAAGAUUGUUCAAUGACGAUGGCUUGCUAAAGCAAUUCUCUUGGGCAAGGAGAGCUUAUCCACAAUAUCACAUCACCAUGUACGUCUUGUGGCAUCUCUGUGUUAAACCCGAAGGCCCGAGCGUGGACAGGGCAUGGAGGGCUUUGGAUAUUCACUUCUCUGAGGUACUUUGUGACAAGUCUACCAUCGGGUUUGGAUCCAAGUCGGCGGUCCUCACGGCUCUCAAGGCCAAAGCUCUUUCAAUAAGGGCGAAGCAUCGAGGAACAAACCCGAGAGAAAAUAGAGCAAAUACUGAAGGCAGCUCUGCUCUUACCUUACAUGAGGGUGUUUCAGAGAAUAAUGGCCUGCCUUCGUUCCUCUUUGGAAACAUUGUUGGUGCUGACAGUCUUGAGUUUGACAUUGAUAAAGGGGAGUGGCUAGACUGGACAACCCUGCCAAGGGGAUCGCAAGGUGAUAGUCCGGCUGAAUCCUUUGCGUAA